UGUAAUCCAGCCUUUCUAUUCUGCUGGCUUGGUUGCUUGCUCUACAAUCAGUCUAGUUGGGGUUGAGGCAGGUUGGAAGAUGGCCGUUAACGUGCGCCAGUGUUUCCUGCUGGCCCUGCUGCUGGGAGCAAACGUGUUGACCAGCGUUCGUGCUCAAGAGGUGAAUGAGGCGGGUGUGUCUGAGGCAUGGACCAGCAGGGCUUGUAAGUGUGACUGCCAAGGAGAAUCCCCGACUGAGUUUUCCUCCAUCGUGUCUCCAGCCGGCUCUCCCAUGGUGCGAGGUGUGGACUGCAUGCCAGAGUGUCCGUACCACAAGCCGCUGGGCUUCGAGGCCGGAUCUGUGAGUCCGGACCAGAUCACCUGCUCCAACCAGGAGCAGUACACCGGCUGGUUCUCCUCCUGGCUCCCCAGCAAGGCCCGGCUCAACAGCCAGGGCUUUGGGUGUGCUUGGCUGUCCAAGUUCCAGGACAACACCCAGUGGGUGCAGAUUGACCUGAGGGAGGUGAUGGUGGUUUCAGGGAUCCUGACCCAAGGUCGCUGUGACGCUGAAGAAUGGAUCACCAAGUACAGCAUUCAGUACCGCUCUGAAGACAAACUCAACUGGAUCUACUACAAAGACCAGACUGGAAACAACAGGGUCUUCUAUGGUAACUCGGACCGCUCCUCCUCCGUGCAGAACCUCCUGCGCCCGCCCAUCGUGGCACGCUACAUCCGCAUCCUCCCACUCGGAUGGCACACGCGCAUCGCUCUGCGCAUGGAGCUGCUGCUCUGCAUGAACAGAUGCAAUUGAAAUUUUCGCUCCUGCUUCCCCGAGGCCUCGCCGCACAUCUCCACCUGAGUCUGUACUUAAAGCCCCAACAUAAAAGUGUGUGGUCAGUGAUUAGAUCAGCAGAUUUGUCUAAAUCUGUGUGUGGCCCCAGCCUACAUGAAUAAAAACUGAUAUUUGGUAAAACCACUUCCAAUUCUGAUUAAAUAUACAACAAAUGAAACACAUUUGACUAGUCUGAUGGCAAUAAACCAGAUUUCUUUGUCUUGUAAAAUGGGUGUGUAUGCUCUUUCACGAGCUCAUUAGCACGCACACUCCUGUUAGUUCUGUUAAACCAGUCUCACACUGCAGUUUUAAAAUCAGAUGAGUUUUCAGCAGAUUGUUGCAUUUGCAAUCAAGUGACAUAAAUUCAAAGAGCCAUGGAGAGGAAACAGUGUAAUGGAGAUUGUUUCCACAGAUUUGAUUUGGGACAUGCCCUUCUAAAGGCCUCUUUUUUUUUGUUACAUGUUUCCUAACCGUUGACCACUUCGUCUGGUGUUUAGUGGUCAACAGGGAAUUUACUUUUCUAAAUCUCAGUCAGUCUCUCUUCCUUACUGACCUUAAUUAUGGCCCAGUGAUUUUACUUUUUUUUCCCCAGUGAUUUUUUUUCUAUUUGUGAACAAUCACCAUUUUUAAACUCAGGCAAAAGUACUUUGUUUGUUUACUGAUAUCAUAUGUUGUAUUGUCUCCUAGCUUUCUACUUACAAUGGCUAGAGUGAUGUCGCUGAGCUCAGAGUGGAUGUUCAGUGCGAUACAAGCAAAAUUGACUAACAAAGGAUAAUGUGUUAAUUUUUGGAUGUGUUUUUUUUAUUAUUGUGGUUAAUUCCUGAUGUGUUUCGUAACAUACUGUAGUUAAUUCAAUUUCCCAUGGUGCUAUAAAUUUGUAUUUCAGAGUUUUACUCUGGAAAGGCAUACUUCAUUGUAUCUGCAAACUGUUUCCUUGAUUAAAGAAAUACUCGUAUCAUG